AUGGGUAGAUGGAACUCCACCAUUGUGCCUGGCUUCAUCCUCAUGGGGCUGACGGACUCUGCAGAGACACAGCUGGUCCUCUCCGUGCUCUUCCUCCUGAUUUACCUGAUCACGGUGCUGGGGAACAUGGGGAUGAUAUUGAUCAUUCGCACGGAUCCCCAGUUGCACACCCCCAUGUACUUUUUCCUCACUCACCUGUCAUUUCUCGACCUCAGCUACUCAAGUGUCAUCACCCCUAAAACCUUACAGAACUUACUGACUUCCAACAAGAGCAUCUCCUUCCUGGGCUGCUUCACACAGAUGUUCUUUUUUAUAGUUUGUGGUGCCACUGAAUGUUUCCUUCUCUCCUCCAUGGCCUAUGAUCGCUGUGUCGCUAUCUGCAGACCCCUACACUAUCCAGUCAUUAUGUCUACAAGACUGUGUUGGUCCCUGCUAACUGGCUCCUAUGUUAUUGCCUUUGUGGAUUCCACUGUCAAUGCAGUUUACAUGAGCAGACUAUACUUCUGUGACUCUAAUGUCGUCCAGCACUUCUUCUGUGACACAUCCCCUAUUUUAGCCCUGUCUUGCAGUGACACUACUGAGGAUGAAAUCAUUAUAUUCAUUUGUGCUGGGUCUAACUUAGUGCUGUCCCUCAUCACGAUAUCUGGAUCCUAUCUGUCCAUCCUGUCCACUAUCAUGAAAAUUAAUUCCACUGCUGGAAAGAAGAAAGCCUUCUCCACCUGUGCCUCUCACCUCCUAGGUGUCUCCAUCUUCUACAGCACCAUGAUCUUUACUUACUUAAAACCGAAGUCAUCCUACUCCUUGGGGAGGGAUCAGGUGGCUUCUGUAUUUUACACGAUUGUGAUCCCCAUGCUGAACCCUCUCAUCUACAGUCUCAGAAACAAAGAGGUGAAAAGUGCUGCCGUUAGAAUCAUGCAGAAGAUUGAAGUUUCUAGACAAUUAAAAUAA